GUUGUCCUCUCCUCCCCUCCCCAAUGGGGGAAAGAGGGGGGGUUGCGUUUCUUUUCCGCUGGUGCGCUAGUGCCUUGUGCUUGUUCUUCCUCGCUGGAACUUUCGGCGCUCAAGUAUUGGCGGUUUCGUCGCGGAUGUUCUCGGAGUCGGCCCCAGGCGUGAGAGAGUAUGAACCCAACGGCAUCGCGGAAGGCAGCGCGUUCUAUUGCUUCCGGGACUUCAAGAGGUGUAGGAGCGGCAUCAAGCAAUGCAUCCGGCCGAAGCAGGAAUGCGACGGGGUCGAGGACUGCGAAGACGGGUCGGAUGAGGGGCAGUUCUGCAAGUCGUUCGAUUGCGAAGGGACCGGUCGCUACACGUGUCCGAGCGGGAAGAUGUGCAUGAAUUCCACGGGAAUAUACGGCCACUGGAUUUAUGUCGACAGCGGUCCGUACACAACAUACUUGUGCAACGGCGUAGCCGACUGUGCUGAUGGGUCAGACGAAGACGAGAGCUUCUGUGCUUCAUACGACUGCAACCGCGACGUGGCGCACAAGAAGCUGCCCAUGCCGCUCAACUGGUGGGAGCCAAGUGGCCGCAGAGUGCGGUGUGCAGGUGGAAAGGGUGGGUGCGUGUACGAGCGGCAGCUGUGCGACAGCGAAGUCGACUGCGCUUUCGAUGGAGGCAGCGACGAGAGCGACGAGUUCUGCAAGCAGCACGGCUGCUCUUCGGCCGGUCUCACUAAUCUUUUUCAGUGUCGCACCGGCAGGUGCAUCAAGCGCCAGCAGAUGUGCGACGGCAAGCAGGAUUGCCCCGACGGCGACGACGAGGGAGAGUUCUGUGAGAAGAUCAACUGUCCAUUCGGCCGCGUCAAGUGCGAAGGUGGAAGCAACCGGACGUGCAUCGAAGAGAGUCAAGUGUGCGACGGAGUGAGAGAUUGUCCGGGAGGAACGGACGAGGACGACUGUGCGACGAAGACGUGCAAGUGGGGGACAAAGUGUCCGAGUGGAACGCAGUGCGCCUUUUUCAUCCUGUGCAACGGUAUCGAGGAUUGCAACGACGGAUCGGACGAGGAUCCUGCGUUUUGUCGCCGCUUCAACUGCACAGCUGAUGGACACGUCAUCAAGUGCAAGAACGGCUUCCAGUGUAUCUCUCCAUCACAAGUCUGCGAUGGGCGACCAGACUGCGCCGACUGGUCGGACGAGAAUCCCGCCUACUGCCGGAGGCAUAACUGCUCCGACUCGGGGGAGGAGGGCAUUCCGUCGAUUUCGUGCCCCGGCUUGGAGUACGUCUGGUGCUUGGAUCUCGGUUUUCUGUGCGAUUCUAUUCUUCGGGACAACUGCUACCUGGACACGCACCUUGACCCGACGUUCUGCACGUCGAAGAAGGCACGCGACAUGCUGGAAAAGAUCCAUAAAAUAACCUGCACUAGUGACCCCGCCAACGCCAUUUACGGACAUUACUGUGACGGCUGGGCGGAGUGUGACGACGGCAGUGACGAGAGGGAGGAGUUCUGCCAACAGUACGAGUGCCCGAAAGAUCGAGUCAAGUGUUACGGCAAGCGGUGCGUACUUGGAGCGCGAUGUGACGGCAAGUGGGAUUGCCCCGAUGGGUCGGACGAGAAAGAGUGCUAGCCGAGGUCAGGAUGAAGCUCGAGCCUCGAGGCAGCGGUUACACUCCAGUCCCUCCUGAAUGAUGGGAAGGGUGCGCGUCAGGCACGCUA